UUUAACUUUACCACUCUCCACUCCAUCCCAGCUCUAAAGAGUCAAGACCAGACAUCCAUUCAUGAAAUUACCAAAAUGCACCCGUAGCCCAUCUUCUACCUCAUGAAGCAAGAAUCUGUUUCUCGGGUAAAAUAGUAAUUCUGGAGUAGAAAUGGGGAGUGUGUCGUCGGAGGAAGGCUCCGAUCAGCAGAGCGAGAGGUGCGGAAGCUACAGUCUCAGUGCUGACGUCAGUGAGUCCGAGAGUUCCGGCAGCUUCACCUGUCGCCGCUGCUACCACGACGGUGCCGCCUCCUCUAGUUCCUUAGCUUCCUCUCCUCCGCCGCCUAAUCAGGAUAACAAUGUGGUCGGAAACUCUGUAUUUCUUGCUCCCUCUCUGAUCUUUCCUGGGAUUCUCGCCAAGGAUGCGAUGCUUCAGCCUCAGAAGCGCGAAGCCGAUUUGUCCGAAAUUGAGAUGAUGAAGGAAAGAUUUGCUAAAUUAUUACUUGGUGAAGACAUGUCCGGAGGUGGUAAAGGAGUCUGUACGGCCCUAGCUAUCUCGAAUGCCAUAACAAAUCUCUCUGCAACCGUAUUUGGGGAACUAUGGAGAUUGGAACCGUUGGCGCCUCAGAAGAAGGCAAUGUGGUUUAGAGAGAUGGAGUGGCUUCUGUGUGUGAGUGAUUCAAUUGUUGAGUUUGUGCCGUCAAAACAGCAGUUUCCUGAUGGAGGGAUGUACGAAGUAAUGGAAACUAAGCCGCGGUCUGAUUUGUCUAUGAAUCUCCCUGCGCUCAAGAAACUUGAUGCCAUGUUGAUUAGCAUUCUUGAAGGGUUUCAGGAUACAGAGUUUUGGUAUGUUGAUCGGGGGGUGAUUGUGGCUGAUCCCAGUGAAUGCAGUGCCUUUGCGUCAUCUGUAUCCAGUGGGAGGCCUUCAAUUAGGCAGGAGGACAAAUGGUGGCUUCCAUGCCCGAAAGUCCCUCCUAAGGGUUUAUCUGAAGAUGCAAGGAAGAGGUUGCAGCAGUGCAGAGAUUGCACGAAUCAGAUAUUGAAGGCAGCCUUAGCGAUAAACAGCAAUGUACUUUCUGAAAUGGAGAUUCCUAGUGCCUAUUUAGACUCACUGCCUAAGAAUGGGAAAGCUUGUUUGGGUGAUAUGAUCUAUCGUUAUAUUACUGCUGAUCAAUUCUCCCCUGAAUGUCUUCUGGAUUGUCUAGACUUGUCAUCUGAACAUCACACCUUAGAAGUAGCAAACAGAAUUGAAGCGGCUGUGCAUGUUUGGAUGCUGAAAAAUAGAAAAAAGCAUCCGAAACAUCAGAAGCCUAAGCGUAAAUCUUGGGGUGGUAAGGUCAAGGGCCUUGUUGCAGAUGCCGAUAAGAAUCAAUUUCUGGCACAAAGGGCUGAAAUCCUCUUGCAUAGCCUGAGGCUUCGUUUUCCUGGUCUGCCUCAAACUGCACUAGAUAUGAACAAAAUCCAGUACAAUAAGGAUGUUGGGCAGUCAAUUCUGGAAAGCUACUCAAGGGUAAUGGAGAGCUUGGCAUUUAAUGUCAUGGCGAGGAUUGAUGAUGUCCUGUAUGUGGAUGAUGCCACCAAGCGCUGCAAUGCAUUAGAAUGUGUGUCCUUUUUCAACAGGGGAGGUUUGGGUGGUCUUCCCAUCCAAAAGCGUAUAUCGCCAAGUCCUUUCUCCAUUCAGCACACCCCCUAUACCUCUCCCUUUGCAACUCCAUCAUUUUGUUUGUCCCCUCUAGUUGGUAGUAGCCCUGGAAGAGCUGUUUCCCCACGGAACGCUAAUGGUUUUAGGGAACCUCAAAAUCGUAAGAUUGACAAAGUAAUACCUGCUGACUUGGAUAAACUCUGGUCUUAUGCUGGAAGCCUUAGUGCUAGGAGAAUUUCUGAGAAUGUUCCAGAGCGUGAUUGAAUUAUUUUUCAACCAUCUGGAGGAGGCUACUUCACCUCUGGUGCAAAUGGAUAGUUCCCUUUAAAGUCCGGAUAUGUUGUGUAUCUGCAGUGCAGAAUAGAUGAAUAGGUAAGAUCAUGGGUUAAACCUUUGGCCAUGAGUUAUCUGCUGGUACUAGAUGGAAUGGUUACAGUAGUUGUAGUUCUAGAGUAAAUUUACUAAUUUAAUAGAAUCUCUUUUAUGCUUAGCAAUGGGGUACAGUUUGUGGAAGAGAAUUACUAGAUUACAUAAUUUGCUAUCCUCUAAAGAGAGAUAAACUUGCUGCUCUACUUUAGAGUACCAGCAUGGUGAUGGUAAUGCAGCGAAGGAAUUCUUUAAAACAUGACAUGCUGUAUAGAAAAGAAACUUGCUCAAAA